AUGUCUGGCGUGACCCCCGAUUCUACAACCGCGGCUCUCGCUGCUAACGUUCCCAAGGAGCCCAAUGGGGAUUUACCUGGUAGCUUCCCAGAGACUCCGGGACAGGAAUCCGAACAGGCCUUUUCCGUGGAUCCCAUCCCAACUUCGGGGGGUUAUGGCAACCCCGUCAGCCUGAAGCCGGGCGACAACGUCCCUCAUCACAGCACACUUCACAACAACACUGUUGAUUCGACUGUCACUUUAGACAAAGAGUCCUAUGAGAAGGGCCAAACUCUCCCUCUUGGCGCUGGGACCCAGAAUACCGACACUAACCCUGGCGCUUCCGCAUUUAUCAUUCCCCCAGUCACAAACAACAUGAUUCCUGAGUCCAGUCUUCCGAUCGGUGGACCCGCGCAACGCGCCGCAACGAGUGAGACCGAGCCGACUUAUACCGGCGGUCCAGCGCAGCAGGCAGCGAUGACCGAUCCAGGGUACCACAUCCAGUCCGCUGGCCCUGACUCGACUACAGCAGCAUUAGCUGCUGGAGUCCCGCUGGAGUUGAAGGACAAGCAGACCAACGGCGACAAGCCAGUCGAGGAGGUUCCUCAGGUGGUAAAGGACUCGUUGUCCGAGGCCCACAAGGACCCGGAGGCUGCUGCGAACAAGGAAGCAGUAGAUGAAAAGCAUGCUUUCGAGGAGGAACUGCACAAGAAGAUUCCCGUUGAAGAGUCUGCGGGUGUUCCGGCGCCUACUGUCACUGCGGCCACCCAGCCCGUUGCGCCCCAUGUCACUGCUGAUAGUGGUGUAGACUCGGCAGAUGUGUCGCCGCUUUCGACGCCUCCAGCAGGCCGCAAUUUUGCUGCUGCUACCCCAUCUUCGGCGCUGAAGAACACCGAGUCCAGUGGGCCCACGGUCACAACUGGUCCUAAGGCUACUCCUACUGCCGAGACAUCGACUCCCGAAACCACGGGUGCCACGACUGCGGAACCCGGCGGUCCCACUGUGACGACGGGAGUUGCGUCUGCUCAGACACCUACUAUUUCGACCCCAACCCCCCCAGGUCCCACUGUAACGACCGGGGCUGAGUCUAUGGAAACACCUGCUACUCCGACCGCAAAGCCCGCAGAGCAGUCUCCCAACCAGCGCCAAAGCACCGAAAGUGCUUCUACUAUUGACAAGAAGAGGAAGCACCGCCUGAGUAGCUUUUUCGGCAAGCUCAAGGAGAAGCUUAAGUAA